CCUCCCUCCGUCCACAGCUGUAGUAGAAGGACCUGAAGAUGUCUCCGGCAUCGAACCGGUCCUCCAUCAGGUCCCUGCACUCCCACUCGCACCAGCAAAGCAUUCUGGGUAAACUGAACACCUUGAGGCAGCAGGACCUCCUGUGUGACGUCACUCUGCAGGUUCAGAACAAUGCGUUCAGGGCCCACAAAGCUCUGUUAGCCGCGAGCAGCGACCACUUCCUGUUCCUGUUCACCUCGAAGCCUCAGAGCGUCUACCGGCUGCAGGACGUUUCUGCUGAGACGCUCAGCAACGUGCUCCAAUUCAUCUACAGCGCUCAGGUGUGUGUGGACAAGGACAACAAGGUGUGUGUGGAGGAGGACAACAAGGUGUGUGUGGAGGAGGACAACAAGGUGUGUGUGGAGGACGACAUCACGCAGCAGCUUCUCGCCGCCGCUAAACUCCUGCAGGUCAGUGAACUCAUCACGGCGCUUUCUGAACGCUCUGCAGACGAGGAGAAGGACGACCAAUCAGAGCUGCAGGAGGUAAAGAUGACCUCACAUCAAACUGUGGGCGUUCCCAAAGUGCAGGAAGUGUCCAAACGAAAGAGAGGACGACCGAGUAAGACAGAUCAGCAGAAAGAAGACCCAGAAACAGCAGAAGUUCUCCAUGAGGAUGAAGUUACAGAUGUUCUCCAUGAGGAUGAAGUUACAGAUGUCCUCCAUGAAUCAGAGUCUAAAGACGAUGCAGAUUUCAACCCGGUGUCGAGGCAGAGCAAACGUAAGAUCCGUCCUCCGGUGAAGUACAAAAGCUACGGAGUGAGCGGAGAGGAAACAGGAAGUAGAGAGCCGGGGAAGAGAGGCAGGAAGAGGAAGUAUCCCGACACAGAGGCUCGAUGUGAGGUCUGUGGGAAGGUGUUCAAAAACCAUCUGUUCCUCAAAAUCCACCAGAGGACGCACACAGGAGAGAAGCCCUUCCCCUGUCUGGUCUGUGGGAAGGCGUUCACUCAGAAGCACACGCUGCUGGUUCACCAGCGCAGUCACAGUGGAGAGAAACCCUUCAUCUGCAACGUCUGCAGCAAGUCUCUGAGCACCAAGCACGCCCUGCAGGAGCACAUGCACCUGCACCAAGGAGAGAAGCCGUUCGGAUGUGAUAAAUGUGGGAAGACUUUCACUCAGAAGCGUCAGCUGAAGAGUCACGACAGAGUUCACACAGGCAAGUCUCUACCAGAGUGCGCUCAGUGCCAUCACAAGUUCAUGGACACGGCUCAGCUGAAGAAGCACCUGAGAACUCACACAGGUGAGAAGCCGUUCACCUGUGAGAUAUGUGGGAAGUGUUUCACAGUGAAGAGCACGCUGCAGACUCACAUCAGGAUCCACAGAGGGGAGAAGCCGUUCUCCUGCUCGCUCUGCAGCCGCUCCUUCUCAGACUCCAGCGCUAAACGCAGACACGAAGCCUCUCAUUCAGGCAGGAAACCCUUCAGCUGCUCCUCCUGCAGCCUCUCCUUCACCCGCCUGGACAACCUGAAGACUCACAGCAGGGGGCACAGCAAGGAGCGCGCUGAGCCCCCCACUGAGGACCCCCCCGAGGACCCCCAGCUGCAUGAGGAGCAGCGAGGCGCCCUGCAGCAGAUCCAGCUGGUGGUGACGGACGACCUGAGCUUCGUUUCGGGUCAGAGCCAGGAGAUCAGCAUCAUCACCACGGAGGAGGCGGAGCAAGGGGGCGGGGCCCCAGACUCCGCCCCCAGACUCACCCUCCUCACCCAGGGGGGCGGGGCCUCAGCAGACUCCGCCCCCUCCAGACUUGAGGGAGUUCACGUCAUCACACUGAGUAAAGAGGCCCUGGAUCAGCUGUCAUCAUGUCACCAUGGACCCCCCCUCCAUCAUGGACCCCCCCUCCAUCAUGGACCCCCCCUACAACAUGGACCCCCCCUCCACCAUGGACCCCCCCUCCUCUCACAGCCUAUCAGUGAACAGAUCCCCCCCCAAAACAUCCAGGGACAGACGUUUCAGAUCCAGGCCGGGACUCUUUCCUAUCUUUACACCACUGGAAACAGCUGAGACCCUCUGAUAAAGGGAGGGGUCCCACUGAAUUUGGUGUGUAUUCACAACACACUGUAUGUUCUCCAUCUGUUUUGAUUGCCUUCUUCUCCCACAUUUUACGUCUCAGAAUCUCCGUUGGAACAUCAAAACGUGCCGCUCAAUAAGGACAUGCUCGCUGUUCCUCAGGACAUUCAUAACUGUCAUAAUCCUAUAAAUAUUAAGCAUCAUUUGACUAUUACACGUCAGCUUUUCCGCAUUCACACCGCAAUUUCCACAGUAGUUCCAUUCUCUAGUUAUUACAUGACAUGACUAACUGUUCCUGAAGAAAACUGUAUUUUUCGGAGAAGGUAAAUCCGAGAAAUGUCUUGAUGAAUUGAAGUUUUCACAAAAGUAAACCUUUAUAAAAACCUCUGUUUACUUUCUUUCACACAAACUGUCUUCGAAAAGUUAUUUUAUCAUUUGUAGAGCGUUGGUGUUGGGAUAAGGGGGUCACAGGUCACAGGUUCAAACCCCAC